AUCGUUCUUUCUGUGUGCUGUCUCUGGCCUUCUCGCGGGACGAAGCUGGGCUCUGCUGGGUGAGGGGCGAAUUUCGCCGAAAAAUCAAUGCAUUGCGAGUUUGAUUCACCGAUCUGUGAAAUAAAUUCGAUGCGUUGUGACAACGUGCAGUGACAUUAAAUGUGACGGCGAGUGUACCUGUUAACAAAAAUAAUAGAAAGCUGCAGUUUUCUGUAGACAGCAACACGUUUCUUGUGCCUGUCGCAUCAUUUUUACUCAGAAGCAAAAUAGGGAAUUGUGUCGUCUGUCGACUGCUGUCGAUGUCAAGGAUUUCGGCGAGUGAGUAAUUCUACACGAACAACGAAAUUGCAGAUCCCUAGACGCCAGCUGACCUUGCAUCAAUCGUACUUGACCGAGUGCCAUCCGAUGAGAAUUGUUCUAUGUUCCGGUUAGCUAGCCGCCGCGUGAGGAACCUGCUGGGAGUCGGACUGUCUCACUGGCCCUAGCCAGCCAGGCCGCCGGUGGUGAGUGAGUGCUCUCCGCAGACGGCGCGGGUGAGCUCGGCCGCCGUCGCCGCCGCCGCCAUGGCAGUGUCCCGCGUCCCCAGCCCGCCGCCGCCAGAGGUCAACACGCCCGUCGCCGAGAACUGGUGCUACACCCAGGUCAAAGUUGUCAAAUUUAGCUAUAUGUGGACAAUAAACAAUUUCAGUUUUUGUCGCGAAGAGAUGGGCGAAGUUCUAAAAUCGUCAACAUUUUCGGCAGGCGCCAAUGAUAAAUUGAAAUGGUGUUUACGAGUCAAUCCAAAAGGUUUGGAUGAAGAAAGCAAGGACUACCUCUCCCUAUACUUGCUUCUAGUCUCCUGCAACAAGUCAGAAGUUCGGGCAAAGUUUAAAUUCUCCAUUCUUAAUGCCAAACGAGAAGAGACCAAAGCGAUGGAGAGCCAGCGAGCUUACAGAUUCGUUCAAGGCAAGGACUGGGGCUUCAAGAAGUUCAUCCGGAGGGAUUUUCUCCUGGACGAAGCAAAUGGUCUUCUCCCGGAUGAUAAACUCACCAUUUUUUGUGAGGUGAGUGUAGUGGCAGACAGUGUGAACAUCUCGGGUCAGUCAAACGCCGUUCAGUUCAAAGUGCCAGAGUGCCGGCUGUCGGAGGACCUGGGCUCACUGUUCGACAAUCAGAGGUUCAGCGACGUGACGCUCUCCGUCAGUGGGAGAGAGUUCCAGGCCCACAAAGCUAUCCUUGCCGCGCGGAGCCCAGUAUUUGCGGCUAUGUUUGAACACGAGAUGGAGGAGCGAAAAUAUAAUCGAGUAGAUAUUACGGACGUAGACCACGAAGUACUGAGGGAAAUGCUGCGUUUCAUAUACACGGGUCGAGCCACGUCGCUGGAGAAAAUGGCGGACGACCUGCUCGCGGCCGCCGACAAGUAUGCGCUGGAGAGGUUAAAAGUUAUGUGUGAAGAAGCCCUCUGUACAAAUCUGUCAAUUGAGAAUGCAGCGGACAUCCUCAUACUGGCAGAUCUCCACAGCGCAGAUCAGCUGAAAGCGCAGGCCAUCGACUUCAUCAACACGCACGCGACGGACGUCAUGGAUACGCAGGGCUGGAAGCAGAUGAUCCUGUCUCACCCGCAUCUGAUCGCAGAAGCAUUCCGAGCACUGGCGACGCAGCAGAUACCACCCAUCGGACCACCCCGCAAGCGCGUGAAGCAGAGCUGAAGGCAGCCGCCCUCUGGCGCCCCCGCGGUGGCGACUGUGACCGCGACCGCGAGUUCCGCCUCCGCCUGCGCCUCCGCCCCCGCCUGCACCGUGGCCGCCUCCGGCGCGGGGUCUCCGCCCCCCUCUGUCCCACCGUCUCCCUGAAAUCUCCUCCGUCACCGUAUGUUGUCAACUGCUUGGCUGGCAGUGUUCAGUUUCCGGACAAACUCGGAACUAUUCUCCUGCACCGUUUGUCGUACCUCCUUUACCUCUGUCAGUUUUUGGUCGAACUUUAUAUUUUUCGUCGUUACGUGCGUACGUAUUGAGGAAAAUGUGUGUCGAGGACCUAGCUUUUCACCCGCUCGGUUCUCGGGUCGGAUGGAAAGCGUGGCCCGGGAGAGAGUUUCUUGGAAAUAAGUUACCCGAAACAUUUACAAAUUCGAUAAGACAUUUUCUCGUACAUUUUCGUAUGCGAAACGACAGGAACCUAGAACCUAGUGUAAGUGGGAGUUCAGAAUUGAGAGAAAUUGCACUUAACACUAUUACUCAAUUUGAAGCUCAUUUUUGAUUCACUCGGUGACUUCCAAAUUGUUUUGCGGGAGCGGGUCGUUUGUGAGGAUUGUGAUUUAUUUGCACAUUCUCUUUAGUUGAAAAUGGAAGACUUUUUGUAUUUCCAAAAACUUCUCUCUCGGAGGAACUUCGCAGACAGAAGAAAAGUCACACGAAGAAUUGUUUGUUUUUGUGGAAAACAAAGUUGCAGAAACUGUACAAAGAUUGAUUUCCUUAAUAAAAUAUUAUUUUUAUUCCACCUCAUUUUAAAGGUAACACUAUAAGAGCAGCCUUUUCACUUUGUUUCUCAUUUAUUAAUGGAGUGAAAAAUCUAGUUAGUUUUAUUUAUAUGAUCUCCCAAAUUCAUUUUAUUAUUUUGUGUGCCUUUGGGCAUGUGCGCUUAUGUAUGUUAAUGUGUGGUUACUAUUGUUAAUUGUAAACUUGUUGUUCCAGUUUCUUUUAAUUUAAGAAAUAGUUUUAAUUUGAACUGGGUUUUCUGUUUUGUUUUUGCCCACUGAGUCUUUGCGGCAUCCUCUGUGAAACUCUUGGAAUUAAUGAGGAAUAGUUAACGGCUAACAAUUGACUCCCAGUCCUGUGCACCUCCCCACCUCACCCCCCCCCCCCCCCACCUCCCCCCCCUCCCUGCAGUAUUCUUUGCCCCAGUAUAUUCUUUCCUUUUGCUUUGACCUUCAUGUCUCGUGAAUAUUUCCUUUACACACAGAAUCCUGUUCCCUUCCCGUGACUAUCUCUUCUUAUUGAAGUGCACUUUAAGAUCUGCACUUCUCCAAAGAAAAACGAAAAUAAGAUGCAACUUGCAGUAGUAUUUUUAUGAACAAAUUUUAAAUGUAUCUUUCUAAAUCUGUUCUCGGAAUCAGAAAGAUAGCUAACCUAUUUCGAAACGAAAUGUCUGGCUCUCGGGGGUCCGAUGCGUGCAUUUGCGUGCAGUGUACAGAUUGACCCGACUGGGAAGCAAAUGUGAAUGUCGAGCCAGAUACCGUGUUCUCAGUUAAAUUUUUUGGGUACAGUACAGUGGACGAGUCGUGCCCGUAUUUCGAGGAGGAAUCGGUUUUGAUUUGAUCGUGCCAAUGUUUUCAUUUUUUAUACGGUAAUGUUUACAAACCGUGGUUCGUCGUAUUUCAAUUCACCAGGAAUAACUUGGGAAAACUUGUAAAUGCGUCGGAAACAGUGUUUUCGUGUGAUGUGUAAGAGGACAAAUUAGUGAUAACUGUUUCUUGUACACAAAAUGAAAACUGCUGGUUACGUGAUUUUUAAUCGUUUUACAUCGGUAAAGAUUUUGUGCUGUAAGUUACUGGAUUUCUAAUGUUUGAGAAAAUGUUAAUAUCUUUAGUUUAGGUAGUAUAUCCCUUGAAGCAAAUUAUCACAAUAAUUUAAUAUUUUGGAAAACCAUCAAAAGCCUGUAAUUUAAUUUUAUUAUUUGCAUUGAUAUUUGAAGUUAUCAGCUGAUUUCUCUCUGCAGUGCAAUUUAUUACGCUAUUUCUUGUGUAAACUGACAAAUUGGAGGAAAAAAUUGCAAAUAUCUGAGUUCGGAGAAUAAUUGUGUGCGCUUAUGUUAACUUCUGUGGGAACCGCAGUACUGUUAUUGCCAAAUAUUGUAAUCUUAAGGAAAUAUACAUGUCCAUAUAUUCAUUUAUUAUCUUACCAGAUUAGUUGAUGCCCUCAUUGCCAUAUUGAGUUUUCUGUGAUAAAACAUUAGUUUGUUCAUGGUGGAUCAUACUUCAUUAGUGUUCUAAUCACUAAAAAUCAUUAGAAUAUCAUUCUGAUAACAGUAUUUUAUGUUUGUUUGCCCCAAUGUAUACUCCAUUAAUGUACGACUUUUUUCUCGGAACAGCUGUAGACUGUGAAGCUUCCCGAAUUCACUGUAGGUCGCAUCCACCCUCUCCAGACUUCCUCGUAAAGUACACCUUCCUCAGUAAAGUUGCGAUUCCGACUUUGGACGCGAAUUAAGAUAUAUUGUACUACUGCUAACAGUGGGCAAGCUAGAAACCUCAAAUUCGUGUCUUCCAAAAAGAGUGGUGGAUGUUUCCUCAGCACGCAGUGUCGAAAUAGAACGACAAAUUAAAAAAUACGUUGUACGUGCAGAUGUCCUGUUCUUUUGUUCGGUAAAUUCAGUUGUCACGUACUCUCUGGGAAGCCUGCUGUCUUUACCUGCAUUUAAGCACAGUGCUUUCUGAUUUUUGCAGUAAGUGACGACAUUUAUGACGAGUGGUAAAACUCUGCAAUACGUCUGUCCGUACACUGUUACGGCCGGCACUUCCCGUUUUGAUGUCGGGUGCAGCGACGACGGUCGUCCGGUUAGCUACUUUUGUGGCAUUUGCAUUUAGGAAACUGCACCGAUCUGUGUAUUGCAUUGUUUUUCAUAGAUUUACUUUGUAAUGUGUACAAAUGUACUCGGGUACUUCAGAUGUUGCUACUGGAUUUGUGUUAAGGUGAACUUCUUGACCCCAUUUCUGUUUGCGCUCCAGUGCUGAUUGCCUUUGUAACCAAAUUUACAUAAUUGUAGCUUCAUUUGUGUAAUUCAUUGGGAAAUAUGAUGCCAACAGCACAUACUUCAUAUGAGUUAAAUUUUCAUUAAGUAUAGAAUAAAUGAAAGUUUUUGGAGAA